AUGGAAGCAGCUGUCGAUACACUCGAAACCCCUCUUGCGAUUUCUCUCAACUUCAAACUCUUGGGGCCCCGUGUGGGGCCCCACAUGCAGCAGCUGCAUGCAGCAGCAAAGGCUCUGACGCAGCAGCAGCUGCGGCAGUUCGAAAGAGAACAAAAAAUCCUUCUUAAUGGUAUUCUUUUGACCCCCCAAGAAGCCACCCUGCAGCGGCAACUGCCUCAAAGCACAAACCCUAAUUUAGGGUUUAACUGCGACAAGAAUUGUGUUAUCGAAAUGGACUUCACUGAAGACCCAUCGCUGCAGCGGAAAGCAAUAGCUAGAGAAAUCGCCAAUCGUGUGCAGAAGUUGCGGAAGCAGCUGCAGCUGCAGCAGCAAGACGAAGUGCUGGUGUUUGCUGCUGCUGAUGAUGCAGCACUUAAAGAUAUUUUAAUUCAAGAAAAAGAAUAUAUUGAAAGCUGCUUAAGAAGACCUUUGCUGCUGCAGGAAGCAAAUAAGAAAGUGGAAGCAGCAAACAUUCUUUACGAAGAAACUUACACCGUCGCAGCGGCGCCUCUAACCCUCACCAUCGUCAAAAACUAG